UCUACAACAAUAACAACAAUAGAACAAAAAUUUAUAAAAGAAAAAAAAGAAAAAAAAAGAAAGAACCGAUACCGAAGAACAAGCCAGAAAGUUCUGAUUCAGCAGACGAUCGGCGACAGCAUCGGAAGAAAAUCCAUCCAUGGGCAUGGAGGACGAAGCACAAAUUAUGCUCAUCUCUCCGGCGGAGCCCAAAAGUAGUCCCGGCAAGGACCAACAAGCCGCCGGAGUUGGCAUCCUCCUCCAGAUCAUGAUGCUCGUCCUCUCUUUCGUUCUCGGCCAUGUUCUUCGCCGGCAUAGACUCUAUUUUCUUCCCGAAGCCAGUGCUUCUCUUCUCAUCGGUUUAAUCGUCGGCGGGCUUGCCAACAUUUCGAAUACUGAAACUAACAUCAGGGCGUGGUUCAACUUUCACGAGGAAUUUUUCUUCCUUUUCCUUUUGCCUCCGAUCAUAUUUCAGUCAGGAUUUAGUCUCUCACCUAAGCCUUUCUUCUCAAACUUUGGGGCAAUUGUGACGUUUGCUAUCCUGGGAACCUUUAUAGCCUCGGUUGUUACGGGUGUUCUUGUUUACCUCGGGGGCUUAAUGUUUCUCAUGUACAGGCUUCCUUUUGUCGAAUGUCUUAUGUUUGGUGCUCUUAUUUCGGCAACCGAUCCUGUCACUGUCUUGUCCAUAUUUCAGGAACUUGGAACAGACGUGAACCUUUAUGCUUUGGUGUUUGGAGAAUCUGUAUUGAAUGAUGCCAUGGCAAUUUCUUUGUAUAGAACAAUGUCCUUGGUUAGAAGUCAUGCUUAUUCUGGGAAGAACUUUUUCGUGGUGGUUGUUAGAUUUCUUGAGACUUUCGUUGGCUCACUGUCUGCAGGUGUUGGAGUUGGAUUUACCUCUGCAUUGCUUUUUAAGUAUGCAGGCUUGGACAUUGAUAAUCUUCAAAAUUUGGAGUGCUGUCUUUUUGUUCUUUUUCCGUAUUUCUCGUACAUGCUUGCGGAAGGUUUUGGUUUGUCUGGUAUUGUAUCAAUAUUGUUCACAGGAAUGGUGAUGAAGCAUUAUACAUAUUCGAACUUAUCAGAGUCUUCACAACAAUUUGUUGCGGAAUUUUUUCACUUGAUAUCAUCUCUGGCAGAGACAUUUAUAUUUAUAUAUAUGGGCUUAGAUAUUGCAAUGGAGCAACAUAGCUGGUCACAUGUUGGAUUCAUUUUUUUCUCGAUCUUAUUUAUUUGUGUUGCAAGGGCUGCAAAUGUCUUUUCUUGUGCAUAUUUAGUCAACUUAGUUCGACCUGCACAUCGAAAAAUACCUUCAAAACAUCAGAAGGCACUUUGGUAUAGUGGACUUCGUGGGGCUAUGGCUUUUGCUCUUGCUCUACAAUCGAUCCAUGAUCUUCCAGACGGACACGGGCAGACAAUUUUCACUGCAACUACUGCAAUAGUUGUUUUGACGGUGUUACUUAUUGGAGGUUCAACUGGUACUAUGCUAGAAGCUUUACAAGUUGUAGGUGAUGGUGAUGACCAUGAAUACUCUUUGACUGAAAGCACUGAUGCUAGCAAUGGCUACAUUGCUCCUUAUAAUGAUGAAGGGUCAUCAAGGAGCAGGAUCAAAAUGAAGCUUAAGGAGUUUCAUGAGAGCACUGCAUCAUUUACAGCUUUGAAUAAGAACUACCUGACCCCAUUCUUUAAGAGUCGCAGUGGCGAUGACGAGGAAGAUGACCAUAGUGCACCAAUCCGUGGUUCUUGAAAGCUGGUCUAUGGCAUGACUAACAAUCGUAAAAUGUAGUAUUGAGAAAGAUCAUACGAGCUGGAGAACUUUGUGAAUACUGUAGGCAUCCACCCUGAAUCAGCUAGAGGUGAAUCGGUCGAGCGUGCAGAUUGGAACUGGAAGUUUAUCUUUCGACCGAACGAUUAAGAUAGUAGCGAAUUUUUUACAUAGCUUCUGUUCUGAACUGAAUAAAUGAAGUGGAAAGGUUGGCUUUCAAUCGAAUGAUUAAGAUGGUAACGAAUUCAUGACAUAGGUUCUGUAUCAACCAAGUGGAGAAGUUGGUUUCUUAUAGUAUAAUCGCUGCCUUUGAUAACA